GUUCGACGAAUUACUAAGGAAAUAAGGACCAAAUAUUCGAAAGAAAUAAAAUUUGGUAGUUUUACACUACCAGCAGGACAGGUUAACACUGGAUUUACUUUGCGGGAUUUAGAAAAGUUUGUGGGGGAUUGUCUGGCUGCCAAAAGUGGAAAAGAUAUCCAAGAAAUUAUUCCGAGUAGUCAGGAUUACGAAGCAGAAUUAGAAAAAGAGAUGAAAAAACGAAUUAAGGAAACAAAACUUGUGUACUUUAGUCGCUCGCCCAAACCAACUCCUCCCACUAAAGAAAAAGAGGAAGAAAUUUAA